AUGGGUGGAUGGAGUAAUGAAGGUUGGACAUGGGGAGAUUUCGGUUUGGAGGGGGAUACUCAUGAGGAGGAUGUGGCGGUUUUGAGGAGCGUUUUGGACGGUGCGGAAGGACGAAAUGAGGGGAGAGAUGAAGUGAAGUGGUGCAACAACGAGGACAUUGAUUUUUCGGUAGCUUCUUGUUAUUCUUAUCUAUUGAAGAGAUUCACUCCUUUUGGUCCUCCUAUUAAAAGUUUCGAAGCUUUUGGGUUUUUGUGGAAUUUGGAGGUGCCUUUCAAAAUCAAAGCGUUCGGUUGGAGACUAUUUUACAAUAGACUUCCUACAAAGGAUUUAUUGUUGAUUAGAGGUAUCUCUCUCCCUUUAGAUAAUUUAUUUUGUUCCUUUUGUGGUGUGGAUGUAGAAAAGGCUAGGCAUACUUUUUUUGUUUGUUGGGUGGUAAAAAGGAUUUGGAAUGACAUAGCAUUAUGGGUUAGUAUAGGAGAUAUGGUGGAGGAUGAAUGUUUACCUAGUUUUAUGGAGUGGCAUUCAUUCUUUAAAUUCAAGAAAGUUAAGAGGUGUAAAUUGGGGGUGGUUUGGUUAGCGGUUACUUGGUGUCUUUGGGUAGCUAGAAAUGGUGUGUGCUUCCGGAAUGAUGGUUGGAGCGUAAAUAAUAUUGUUUGGAAUAUAAAGCUUACGGUGUGGAGGUGA